AUGCUACGCCCUACAAAGGCCCGAGGCAUUGACAUCCCCCCUCUUGCUGUUGGACAGGUCGGCAUUGCCACCAUCGUUCUGGAGAUUUUUAUGACCGACUGGAAGUUUGCGAACGCCAACGAAAUCUUCCGCAAGCGCUUCUUGGCACUCAUGGACUUGCACUGGAGCGACCUCCCCUCAGCGGGGGCCUGA